AGGGAUGCUGGAAAAAAUUGAAACCCGGCAACUGGUUCAGGGUAUCCCCAUUGCUAUCUCAGUCUUGGUUAAGUCUCCAGUGAGUUGGUCUGAGGACAACAACAUAGCCGUCGUGACGCAGCUCGGCGCUUACGUGUUUGCAAGCUGAGGAGGGGAGAGACGCAUCAGUUUCACCAGCAGAAAUAGCUGCCUUGGCCAUUACUGCUCUUAAUAAAAACUGGAGUGUUGGAUGAAAAUAAUAAUAUAGACAUUAAAAAGACUUAUCUCAGUGUGCCUCUGAAUAAUUACUGUAACUUGUUGGUAAAGUUAUACCAAGUGGCUUAUAUUUGAAUGUUAAAUGUGAAAAGUGAAUCUCGGCAAAAUGAGAGGAUAUAAAGUGUUGGCGUGUCAUCUUACACUCUUGUGUGUGGCUGUGUUGCCCUCGUGGGCACUCAACAUCACGGACCUCGUGUUCGGUGGCAACACCAAAUACUUGCCUGCUGCCUUUGGAGACUUUAACUCUGAUAAGUUAACAGACUUGUUUGUGGUCUCAGAAGAUGGGAAAAACAUGAAAGUGUUAAUAUCUUACAGUGAACAGCCACUUAUGCGGGAACCAAAGCCAAAUGCUGGGCCUGCGUGCACCUACGAAUCCCUCAGCAUCAAAAGCUUGGUACCUGGCGAUUUUGAUGGAAACGGAGAGAUGGAUGUACUCCUUGUGUCGAGCAACAAGAAUGUGGCACCCCAUUACCAGGUUUUUGUCCUUUGGGGUAACCUCCUUAAUAUGACACUAGAAUGUGGCUCAGAAAAGGCCCCAUUGCUGACUCUACGGGGACAACCUUUGGUCAUGGACGUUAAUGGUGAUAUGAUUCCAGACUUGUUUGGGGAAGAUGAGACAGGUCAGCGAACUUUUUGGAUAUUUGGUCCAGAUAGAAAAUCACCAAAGGCUGAACCUAUGGCUGAGUAUAAUGACAGUCAUUCAGAACUUAAACAACCAAGUUCACAUGCAUUUAUUGAUCUUAACAGUGACCUAGUAGCUGACCUUUGGGUCACGACUAAGAAAAACUUUGAGAUCUGGAGUAUUUCCAAUGGUGUUUACAUUUACAAUGAGACUAUUACACCAUGGAAAAAUAUGACGCAUAUUGGCCAGACCUCGUUUAUGGAUGUGGACUUGGAUGGGGACAUUGAAGCAAUAGUACCAGUUUGUAUGGAUGCGAAAUGUGGAAAAAGUUCUGUGUUUAUUUAUGAUUUUCAGUCGUCAAACAAAGCAGGCUGGGUCGAACUGGAUGUUAGUUUUGUUGACCCAAAAGGGAACACAUGGGGAUACCCUCCACAAGCAACCAAAUCUUACAGGUAUUCAGACACAAUCACUUUGCGUGUUGGUGAUUAUAACCUCGAUGGUUACCCCGAUUUCCUAGUUACUCUCCUCGACCAAAAUGAGAAGGCUCAAGUGAUCCUGAUGGAAAAUGUCGCAUGUGGGGAUGACAAAUGCAAGCACCCUCGCAAGUUUGUGCCCAAGUGGGAUUUGUUCAAAGACUUUGGUGAGACAGUAUUGGGUACCUUCUGUGACUUCCAAGAGGACGGCACACUUGACGUCCUCUUGGUGUGUAAGGCGGCCGAUGGAACGUACCAUCUCAAUGUCUACAAGGAUCCUGUUGAAUAUGAUGCUGUCUUUGUGAAGGUACUGAUUCCCACUGGGCGUUGUUAUGGAAAUGAUUGUCCGCUAAAAAACAUUCCCUAUGGUACUAACCAACCUGGCCCAUCCAUCACAUACUCCAUAACUACAGCAACAGGGAGCACUCAGCGCUCGAGAGCCACGCAGCUCCUCCAGUCGGCGCACUAUGCACUUCAGCUUCCGUAUACGGUCUUUGGUUUGGGGCGCAACUGGAAUUUUGUGGAGGUGAUGGAGGUUGGGAUCCCAAGAGGAAACACAUCCGGAACGUUCAAAAGCAGCUUUACACAGAUCAUCCCGAACUCUCAGCUGAUUGUGAUUCCAUAUCCCAUGGAGUAUCCUGACCGCUGGGUGAGCAAGCUCUUCAUAACCCCCAGCAAAGCCAUGCUCAUGACGGCAGGAGCUCUAGUCGGCACUUGCCUCUUUGUGGCUGCCAUCAUUGGCAUUCUUCAUCGACGAGAGAAGCAGCAGGACAAGCGAGAAAAGCAACAGGAUGCUCACAAAUUCCAUUUUGAUGCUAUGUAGUUAUGUCCAUCUUGUUACCAUAGGUAAAGGGGUCGUGCUUUGUGUAUUGUGUGCGAUACUGUGUGGGAACAUUAUUACUGUAUCAACUAAGUAUCGUCAUACAGUAUUGAUAUUCUGCAUUUUAAUAAGGGUGUGCAGGUAAUUGGUGUGAUAAUAACACGAGGUCACUAAACAUAGUGAAGGUGAGACUCGGCACAGUGUUACAGGGAAAUGUAAGACAGACUUACAGUGUGUGUUGACAUGGGUGUGGACCAGAGCUAGAUCUCUAACACCCCCCCCCUCCAUGUUAAAUAUUUUCAUUAGAAUAUAAAAGUAUGGUAUGUAUAUUGCUAUAUGAGCUUUUCUUGAACAGUGCUGCACUUGCGUUCUCUGUUUGAAUCACACUUCUAAAUGCUUCUUCCAAGUAAUUGACAAUAGAACCUAAACACCUAACCCAACCUACACCUAACUAUUUAUAAAAUUAUAAUGUAUAAUAAUUUUAAUAAUUCAUUUGUGAGAAAGUACAGAUUUUGAAUACAUAGUACAUUAAAAUUGAAGAAUGUGUGUAAGGGUUGACUGCUUCUAGGAUGAGCCUAGCCUUGAAGACAGGUUGACUAGGGAACCCCAGUAUUUGCUGAAUUCAUACUCUUCGGUGACUUUUCUGUUGGAGUCCCUACGGCUCCCUGGAACUAUCGGGCUAAUAUGUGAUACAUUAGACCGGGGCAUUAGUCUAUGGAGUUCAGCCUACCAUGGACCACUAGCCAGAACCUGGCCCCCUCAGAGAGGAGCAGGGAGCAAUGGCCCUGGAAAACUCCCCUGUGGUUGGGGGUUUCCUUGUCUACCAUCGACCAGGGUUAAGCACCCAGAAAGGUAGGCAUAACAAAACAAACCCCACACGGUAAGAAAAUUACUGUACAAGAAAAAAACGAAAAAAGAGGCAGAACUCCCUCCAAGCUUAAGGAAACAAGCAAACGUCACACUCCUCCACCGCAUCGCUCGUUGGGGACUGCUUGUAUGGGCUGUUGCAGACAUGCAUUUGGGCUACAGAAAUAAGGGGGAUGGAUGGUAAGGGGGUGCAUUAAAGAUAGUCCCAUUCACCUGGGCUCUAGUAGACUCAAUCCGCGGACCCCACACGUGUGAGGCUGAAGCUCUAGCGAUUGAGCUAUUGAGUAGUCUUAAAUAAGGAAAGUUUCCAGAAGCAACUACUGCUGUCAAACUGGAAUUUUUUACUUUCCCCUGACUACUACUGAAGCUCAGAGGAAUUAGUGAUUAGUGUGGAUGACAAUUUAUUAAAGAUAAUGUCUGACAUGCUGCAUGUGAGAGGAGAACAAUAGAGAAGGAAUGAAAAAUGGCCAUUGGCAAAUGUUGGAAAAUAGCUGGAACAUGAUGCAGCAUUUGGCAUUUUAAGGUGUUAUUACCUAAGUGUAGUUACAGGAUGAGAGCCAUGCUCAUGGUGUCCCGUGUAGUGUGUAAAGUAUAGGAAGAGGUCUUACAGCUCCCAGCUCUCUAGUUGAAAUUAGUGUUUUGUUGGCCACAUAAUAUUUCUACACACACAUGCCGGCAGGGUUGGCACUGUCUUUUUAAUUAGUGAAGGAAAUCUAGUCGAGUAUAAUCUAUACUUGAUAAUAUGAUAUCCCUUGAUAAUAUCCUCGGUGAUUUUGACUUCGAAAUUGCUUGGCUUUCUGCUCUUUUAUUGUGAGAGUGAAUGAUAUCCAGAAACUUUUUUUUUUUUUUUAAUAUCCUGUGACACAGUCAGUGUUCAAUGCCCUGCAGCCUUAGUACUUUUUUGUAUAAUUACUGUGUCACACCCGAAUGAAGAUUGAUGUUUGGGUCAAAUUCCAUCGAAGAUUUUCCGUUUCUAGUCUGUGAUAUUCAGCAUUGUUUUAAAUGGAAUUGACCAAACUUUCUUAUACUGUAUUGGACAUAUUCAAGAGAUUGGUAUAUUUAGCAGAAAAUGCUUAUUUAAGUAGAUUAGUCUUCGAAUAUUGUUAUUUAUGGGAAUUUAACCACCAUCUUUAGUGGCCUUGACGGGGACAGGAAGCUGGCGACUUGUCCGUGACCCUCCUGAUGGUCAUGUAAGGUAUCGUUGUAAAUCAGAGGAGUCUUUAUCCUAAUGAAUGGUCAGUUUGCUUUGUUGUUGUAGUAUAACUGCAACAUUGGUUUUGUUUUUGGUUGAAAAAAACAACUUGGCCAUCUUGUCCCUUAGCUAUCAGUGACAACUGGGGAGGGGGAGAGCUACAGGUGUUGGGGCCCCCAAAGGAUACCUGAUCAACCAGGCUGUGGCUCAUACGUCAGGCUGCGAGCAGUCGCGUCCAACAGCCUGGUUGACCAGUCCAGCAACCAGGAGGCGGGGACGCUAAGCCCCGGAAGCACCUCAAGGUAAGGUCAAGGGGCCCCGCCUCCUGCGCGUAGAAGUUCACUACACUGUACUUGGCUACGGUGUAGUACGCUACUGGUUCGUCGCAGGGAUGCUUUCCCCACUAACCUCAUGUUAAACCAAGAAAUAUAUGUAUGGUAUUUUUCUUGGCUGUUUCAGUAUAAAAUAGAAUACAUUUCAGGGGUGGAGAAAUAUACACAUAUUACACAACAAAAUAAAUGAUACUGUAAUAUAAAAAAUUAAAUAUUACACUUUAAUAAUGCAACAUGGUACACUGGAAUUCAAAUUAAUUUAAUGCAAUGUAAAAUUCAAAUAUUUUAGAAACUUGGAGAGCAUAUUUGCACCAGAUGUAUGAUAGCUCGGAGGUGUUGAUCCGAGGUAGAUCUCUCGCCCCCUGGGGCAGUAUAGCCCAGAAUUAGCUUCCCAUGUAUCGUGCGUGUGUAUAAUGAUCGGAAGGGCUUCCAGUUUUGCUAUUUUUCCUUAUGUUGAUGCUGUUAUCCUAAUUAGCAAAUGGUGGUAGUCUAAAAGGUUAUAUUGGGUCUUGGAUCCUCCCUAAACUCUCACGGGUUCAGGGAGCCUUAUCCGAUCAUCAUAUUGUUCAUUGGGACAUAAAAUAAUUCGUGUUGUUGGGGACUCGGAAGUCUUUACAGUAUAUUACUUAGGAUUAUCGAGGUUGAGGUCCUCUCGUAGGCCAACUAGUGUCUUGACCUUUCCCAGGAUGCAACCCACAGCAGUUGUCUAACUCCCAGGUACCUAUUUAGCCAGCCAGAGGCUUAGGGCUCACUUAGGAAUGUCCUUGGGAAAAAAAAAAUUAAACUCUGGAACCUUAUCAUCCAUAAACAAAGAUUCUGUGAUUUUUACCAUGCACUCAGUUUAGCUCAUGUUACUAAGAGUGUUUCAUUAUUUAGGUGAUAAUUUAUUAGUUUACAAAAAAUGGAAAAUAUUCUACAAAGUGAAUAGAGGCAUCAGGUGAAAGGAAUUAUGCCUAAUCGUUUCUGUCCUUUUUGAGGAUUGAACCAUCGGCUCUUCAUUUCCCCUUUCCAACUGCCUUUUGUCCAAUACAUUGACUCCUGACCUUAAUUCCUCCUGUCAUAUCUACUCUUAAUGUUGAGAUGGAAUGAACCAAACUGGUAUUCGUUGGCUCAUUCUGUGUUGUGAACGUAUGAGUGUGUAUACAGUAUUUUGCUCUCUUUGAUGCACAGUAUGCAAGUCAGAGAUGGGACGGACCGAGUUCCAACAGGACUAAAUUCCUGGAACAUUAUGAGGACUGAGGCUAGGAAAGAUGAUCCUUUUUCCAGGCAGGUCUGGAAUGGAGACUCCAUUUUAUUGAUUUAAUUCGUCCCACGUUCCUCAGUCCCCUUUUUUUUUCCUUAGAUUUGAAUUUGGCUGGACGGUAGAGCGAUGGUCUCGGUUCAUGCCAGUCGGCGUUCAACCCCCGACUGUCGAAGUGGUUGGGCACCAUUCCUUCCCCCCCCCCCCUCCACCCCAUUCCAAAUCCUUAUCCUGACCCCUUCCCAGUGCUGUAUAGUCAUAAUGGUUUGACACUUUCCCCUGAUAGUUCCCCCCUCUCUUAGUUUUGAAGCACUAGAGGAGGAGGGCUGCAGGUUUUGGUGUGUUAUAUAUAAAUACAUAAUGUGUAUUUCUAAUUUAAUAUAGGAAUAAAUUAUGCCAAAGAGAUUAGGGUUCAGUGGUAGUCAUUUUGUAAUGCUUGUCUUUGAAAGGACACUGAAGCAUUGAAUUUAUUAUUGUAGUUUUUUUAAUUUCAUUAUAUUAAUUUUGUAUUAUUUGGAAUGUUUUAACUUUAAUAAAAAAUAGAUAUUAAAGA